UUUUGAUUUUCUUCUGAAUUUCUAUCUGUUAUCUUCGUUUUAGUGAUGCCAUUCAGAUCCAUGACUUUUUUAUUUCCGGUGAAUUGACCGGGAUUUACGAUAACUUUUGGCUAGGGUUGCACAGAACAAUUUGAGGUUUUUGGUCGUUGUUCCUUUUUGUCUGAUGUUGAUGAUGGGGGAGGGGAAUAGCUAUAAUGAUAGCCCCGGUUACUUGACAACUGGGGAUCCCUCGGCCGAUUUCGACUUUGAUGCUCUAAGCAUCGAUCUCGAUGAAAUCAAUCGCAUCCUUGAAGAGAAUUCUGGUUCUUUGCAGAGCAAGGCAGAAGACCCAUCAUUUAGAACUCAAGGGGGCUCAGCCCUUGAAUCCAACCAGUUUCAGAGUGGGUAUUCUUCCGAGACUUCAGGUGCUAGGGCAGGGUCUGUUGGUGGUUCAUUUGAUUAUCAACGGAAAUUGGAACCUCAUUCCCAUGAUUGUUCUGUGGUCCAGACAUCCUCUGCAAGUUUUGAAGACUGGUUUUCAAUCGCUCAACUGACAACCUAUACAGAGAGGGUUAACAUGUCUCUGCCUGAGAUGCCUAGCUGUAGUACAGCAUCUAGUUUUGUGGAGAUAGAUAACAACCAUGUGCUAGAUUGUGGAGAUAAUUUAAAUUUUGAUCUUGUGGAUAACAGAAAUGGUACAGAACCCAAAGAUACUGCAGCAGACUUCCACAAAGAAAGUAUGUUAGUUAUUCCCUAAUAAACCUCAACAAUGUUGCUCAGUAUGCAUUUUGAAA